AUGGCUACGCUAGCAUUCUACGCUUUACUAGCCAUACUAUCCCCACUUGUAUCCAGUCUCGGCAUCCAAUUCAUCAACCCCCCAACCCACGGCACAGACGGCGGCCUCAGCAACCCCCCAACCUACAAGCAAGACUACACCAUAAACAUCCAAUGGUAUCCCGGCGACGAAACCGGGCCCUACGACCUGGUCUUGCACCAAGUCAAAACCCUCGGCCAAGACCAGACCGGCGACGGCGAGUUCGUCAUGCGUAAGUUCAUCCAUGCGUAG